AUGGGAUGCAAAAAUCAGUUUUUCGAGUUUCAGGGGGUCCAAGUUNUUCAAUUUAAUAUGGCAGAUUUUCAAGAAAAAGCCACGACACAAGCCUUUAUGCUUUCUGAUAAAAAUGAGUCUGGCCAGGAUACUAUUGUUGUGUCCUUUAGAGGUACUGAAACUUUUGAUGCAGACGCAUGGAGUUCUGACUUUGAUCUCUCUUGGUAUGAGAUCGAUGGCAUAGGCAAGAUUCAUGGUGGUUUCAUGAAGGCUCUAGGUUUACUAAAGGUCAAAGGUUGGCCCAAAGAUAUCGAUAAGGAAAAGGAUAACCGCCCUGCGCCCUUAGCAUACUAUGCGAUCAGGGAUAUGUUAAAAGAACUUUUAAGCAAAAAUGACAGAGCAAAAUACAUAGUGACAGGCCACAGUUUAGGCGGUGCGUUGGCUAUUCUCUUUGCAGCGAUUUUGGCAUUGCAUGAGGAGACAGAGUUAUUGGAGAGAUUAGAGGGUGUUUACACAUUUGGGCAACCCAGGGUAGGAGAUGAAAAGUUUGUUGAGUUCAUGAAAAAGAAGUUAAAAGAGAACGCCGUUAAUUACAUUAGGUUUGUUUACAGUUAUGAUAUUGUGCCUAGGUUGCCUUUUGAUAACUCUGAGCUAAUGUUCAAACACUUUGGGCAGUGCAUCUACUACAACAGCUUCUAUCAGGGAAAGGUAGUUGCAGAAGCUCCAAAUAAGAACUACUUCUCACCAUUGGAGACAAUAAUCAUGAUGAUGAAUGCAGUUUGGGAGCUGAUAAGAAGCUUUACUUUAUGGCUCACAAAGGGCCCGGACUAUAAAGAAGGAGGGUUACUCAGAGUGUUUAGAGUAAUCGGACUGAUAGCCCCCGGUAUAUCAGCUCAUUCUACCCAAGAUUAUGUCAACGCCACUCGCUUGGGAUCCACGGAUAAUUUGUUCCACCCCAAGAGACUGUAAUCCAAUAAUUAAAGGUUUCAAUGAACUUUCAUGUGAUAAUAUGCAAAUUAUUAAUAAUCAAUUCGUCUUGUUUGUUCCGAGUCUGUGCACUCUUGUCGAGUGCCGAUGCCCGUUUUCUCUUCUCUGUUUAGUUUGAGCCUGCGAGCUUUACUAAAGCGUCUAUGCCCAUCUCUUUCUUUUGUUUGGAGCUUGCAUGCUUUCUUUUGGGCGUUUGUUCCCAUCCAUAUGUCUAAAAAGUUCUCUAUUAAUUAUAUUUUUAUU